UUGUUGGGUAUACCCAACGCAACCAUAGAGAAGAAAUGACUGAAUCCGACAACGCCCCUAGUUUCUCGGAUCUGCCGGAAGGCUGCGUGACUGACAUACUCUCCAUCACCUCACCUCGUGAUGCCUGCAGAGCUGCUUCGAUAUCCAAAUCAUUCCAUUCAGCGGCAGAUUCUGAUGCCGUUUGGGACCGGUUUCUGCCUCUAGAUUACCGCCAAGUCAUCACGAGAGCAGUUUCUCCUGUAGAUUUUGAGUCUAAAAGGCAACUCUACCACCGGUUAUCCGAGUCAUAUAUCAUCCUUGAUCGCGGUUAUUUGGGUCUGAAGCUAGACAAGGAGAGUGGGAGAAAAUGCUAUAUGUUGGGGACGAGAAACUUAUCAAUUGCGUGGGGUGGCGACACUCGUUACUGGGAAUGGGGUCAUUCACCAAAAUCAAGGUUUGCAGAGGUAGGCAUACUUAGAUGUGUAUGGUGGCUUGAUAUCCAAGGCAGAAUAGCAAGUGCAAUGUUGUCCCCAAAGACAACAUAUGUAGCAUAUCUUGUCUUUCGAGUCACUAGGGAUUCGUGGGGACUUUCUGCGGCUGGAAAAACUAUAGUUACCUUUGGCGGAGUAAGAAAUGAGACAUCUAAUGUUUAUCUUCAACAACCACGGACACGCGGACGGCCACAGACACAGGCACACACUCAGACACCGAGAAACGAUGGAUGGAUGGAGAUCAAAUUGGGUGAAUUUUACUAUGAUAAUGGAGAUGAAGGUGAAAUUGAGAUCGGGUUUCAGGAGCAUCAUGAAUAUAAAGAAGGCCUUAUUGUGGAAGGUAUUGAGGUUCGGCCUAAGUAGUGUUUUAAUUAUUGGUUGUGAAUAAAAGGCUUGUUGACAAUAUGAGUUUGUAAAUUGUCAACAAUAAACUUCUAUUUUAUAUAAUACUAAGUGGGUGUGCUUUUAUUUACCUUUUCUAUCUAUAGUUUUUGUAUGUGAUCAAGAACAUUAUACCGUUCUUUAAGUGUUUGAUAAUAUGCAUGAACGAAACCUUUUCUGUUGGAUUU